UAUAUAAACCCCACACUAACUCUUCUCCAUAACCAAGAAAAAGAAAAAGAAGAAAACCCACAUACCCACCACAAUCCAAUAAGAUGAUGCUAUCUUGGAGAACAAGAAGAGCUGCUGCCGCUGCAAGAAAGAAGAGACUCCAGGAUGUCUCCGGCAAUGAUAACUUGGAGAUGGAUAUCACCGUCCCAGUUCCGACACAUUUCCGGUGUCCGAUAUCUCUAGACUUGAUGAAAGACCCUGUUACUUUGUCCACUGGGAUCACCUACGAUAGAGAAAGCAUUGAGAAAUGGGUUGAAGCUGGUCAUCAGACUUGUCCUGUUACUAAUCAAGUCUUGUUAUGCUUUGAUCAGAUACCAAACCAUUCCUUGCGCAAGAUGAUUCAGAGUUGGUGCGUGGAGAAUCGUUCUUUCGGCAUUGAACGAAUCCCGACGCCUAGAAUUCCUGUCUCUCCUUAUGAUGUUUCCGAGAUUUGUAAGAGAAUUAUGGCGGCUACACAACGUGGGGAUUUCAAGAAGUGUAAGGAUUUAGUUGCAAAGAUCAAGAACUGGGGAAGGGAGAGCGAACGUAAUAAGCGGUGCAUAGUGGAGAAUGGAGUUGGUUGUGUUUUGUCAAUUGCUUUUGAGUCAUUUGCAGGUAUAUCAAUGGAGAAACACGCAGAUCUGUUAGUGGAUAUUUUGUCAGUUCUGGUAUGGAUGUUUCCAUUUGGUGUAGAAGGGAAAUUAACGCUAGGAUCGAUGAAUUCUUUACGUUGCAUGUUAUGGAUUUUAAAAAAUGGAGAUCUCACAGCUAAACAGACUGCAGUAUUAGUACUUAAAGAGCUUCUUUCUUUAGAUCAAAAGCAUGUAAACACAUUGGCCGAGAUAGGAGUCAUUCAAGAACUAGUGAAGCUGAUCAAGAAACCAAUUAGCCCUUCUGCUACCAAAGCUUCAUUAAUGGUAAUAUUCUACAUGUUGUCUCCACCAUCAAUUAGCGAAAAGAUUGCAUCCACAUUAGUAGAAUUGGGUUUAGUCUCAUUGAUUAUAGAGAUUCUUCUUGAAGGAGAUAAAGGGAUAUCUGAGAAGGCAUUGGGUGUUUUGGACCAUAUUUGUGAUUCAAAAGAAGGAAGAGAAAAGGCAUAUGAAAAUGCUCUAUUUGUUCCUGUAUUGUUUCACAAGAUUUUGGGGUCAGAUUUGGCAUCAAAUUUCUCAGUAUCAAUUCUUUGGAAGCUCUGCAAGAAUGACAAAAGAAAGGAUGGAGGUGUUGUAGCUGAGGCACUUGAACUUAAAGUAGGUGCUUUUCAAAAACUGUUGAUUCUAUUGCAGGUUGGUUGUGGAGAAAAUACAAAGGAGAAGGUUAAAGAGUUGUUGAAAUUGUUGAAUCUUUAUAGAACAAAGGUUGACUGUCUUGGUUCAUCAAUGGAUUUCAGAUAUCUCAAGAAGUCAUACUGAUCUAGUGAUUUUUUGUUUCUGUUCUUUUGGUAGGUUAGGAAAGAAAAUGUAAGAGGUUAUCAUAGGACAAAAAAGAAAAGAAAAAACAAAAUCCAUUCAAUUGUACAAAUUUUUAUUUUUA